AAUCCCAGCAUGCUUUGCGGCUGCGGCCACGUGCCUGCUGGGAACAAAGAUGGCGGCGCCCAUACUCCGAGCUGGCUGCAGCCGGCUUUUGACAGAAGGGAAGGCGGCUUUCCCCCGACUUUGGGCCGCCGAGAAAACGCGGCAACAACAUGACCGCUGCCCGGAGAGCGAGCCCCAGGAGAAGCCGGCGGCCAAGGGCCUUUUGGCCCUUCAGUGCGAGCGGGGUCUGUUCCAGGAGGUGUUCCCUCCUCAGGCAGCGGAGGAGCAGCUCCUCGACCUGCUCCAGCCGGGCCGCCCGCCCGUCACCGUCUAUUGCGGCUUCGACCCAACCGCCGACUCGCUUCACGUCGGGCACCUCUUAACGGUCAUGGGCUUGCUGCAGUUCCAGCGCGCGGGCCACCACGUGAUCGCCCUGGUGGGCGGGGCCACGGCUCGCCUGGGCGACCCCAGCGGGCGCACCAAAGCGCGCCCCCUGCUGCCGGAGGAGCGCGUCCGCCAGCACGCGCGGGCCCUGCGCGAGGCCCUGGAGGGGCUGUUCGAGAACCACCGGCGGCUCUUCUGGCCGCCGAGCAACCCGCGCCUGGGACCGGUCACCUUCCUGGACAACGCCGGCUGGCUGGAGCGGGAGCCCGUGGUGAGCUUCCUCUGCGGGGUCGGCCAGCACCUCCGCAUGAGCACGUUGCUGAGCCGGCAGGCGUGCAAGGACCGCCUGAGCAGCCCGGAGGGGAUGAGCCUGGCCGAGUUCCUCUACCCGGCCCUCCAGGCCUACGACUUCCUGCACCUCCGCCGGCACCACGGCUGCCUCGUCCAGCUGGGAGGAGCCGACCAGGUCGGGAACAUCAUGUCCGGACACCAGCUGGUCUCCCGAGUAACAGGUGAUGAUGUGUUUGGAAUAACCGUGCCUCUUAUUACGAGUACUACGGGAGAUAAACUUGGAAAAUCUGCUGGCAAUGCUGUUUGGCUUAACAGAAAUAGGACUUCUCCCUUUGAACUAUACCAGUUUUUUGUAAGACAACCAGAUAAAACUGUGGAAAGGUAUCUGAAGCUUUUCACUUUCCUCCCUCUUCCGGAAAUCAGUUGUAUUAUGAAAAAGCAUGCUGAAGAGCGCGAGCUACGGGGAGCACAGAAGCGCCUUGCUGCUGAAGUAACUAAGUUAGUUCAUGGCAAGGAAGGUCUGGAAUCUGCUAAGAGGUGCACAAAGGUGCUGUAUUCAAAUGAUGUGGGAGCACUGGAGGGUAUGUCUGACCAAGAGCUACAGGAACUCUUUCGUGAAGCACCGUACGUUGAGUUGCUUCUGGAGCCUGGGAUGACAGUACUUGAUUUAUGUCGGAAAGCUAAUGCUAUUGCAGAUGGGUCAAUAGGGUAUGAAACCAUAACAAAUGGUGGAGUUUCUGUAAAUCAUGUUCAAGUUACAAAUCCUGAUGCCGUUCUUGUUCUUGGACAACAUAUUCUCAGUAAUGGAUUAUCCCUCCUUCGGAUUGGAAAGAGAAAUUAUUACGUUGUGAAAUGGCUUCAGCUGUCACACACAGAGUGAAAAAGUUAACUUUUUUCAGGUAUGUUAUGAAACUGCACAUUUUUGCAAGGACUUCAACAAAUCAUAUUUAAGUUCAUACAUCAUAUAACUAAUUUGUAGUUUAACUCACAAGAAUAAUGACAUUCUUGUGGUGUAACUAGCCUUUUCUCACUGUGUGAGAGUUACUGCAGGAUCAUCUGGAGGCUGGAGUAUUUGUCUUCAAUCAUGACACAUAGAAAAACUGAUACUGUUUAGAUACUAUCCAAAGAUUGGAUUGGUUGAAGAAUUUGUUUUUUUCUGAUAUUGGUCAUAGAAUAUAUGUCUGCAAUAAAAACAGCCAAAUAAACCUCUACAAUUA